AGGAAGACUCGCUGAUGGUUGGGAAAAGACCUUUGGAUAUAUAUGGGGAUUCGAUGCACUUUUCUUCUGGCGUCAUGUCGAUUCUCUUCGGUUCUAUCGCUCACCUCUCAUACUAUCACGCACAGCCACCGUCCUCUUCUCCCUUCCUUGGGUGGAGACUGAGCUCGAGCUCUCUCCAGUAAAAUACCACCCGAAACACGGUAAUUCAUCGCGUGCAACUCCGUCCAUCCAGAACUUCUUUCCGCAAUCUUCAAGGCUUAAAGAAAGCCGACCAACUGCCCGACUGACGACCGCACCCUGCUGAACGACCCUUUCCUUUCCCAACGCUGCAACUCUCGUAUGGGCUUGAGUGCCUCAAGCUCUCCUUCGCCCCCCUCGCCGGUGUUGCUGUCAUGGACAGGCGCCGUCGUGAUGAUUCGCCUUCCGGUCUAUCAGAUAUUGUCGAACAGGAUGGUCUUCUAGGAACCGGCAUCACGACUCGUCAUAUUGAGGCCUUUGGACGGAAAGUCACAUCGACUGCUGGGCAUUUGAUGGGACCGACUUCCGAAUCUUCCAACGGCGGCCACUACCACAACGCCAUGGUUGACAUCCAGCGCGAGCUGCGGCGCCCUGCCGCUCAGCGCAAUGUGUUCUCCCUGACCCAAACCACACCUACCGAUUUGGUCCGCUCUAAACUGUCUACAUCUGAGAUCCAAUCGCGAGCCAUCUCCUCCCUUCCUGAUGAGCUUCUCAUGAACAUACCUGAGGACAGCAGCUCCUACUCGCUCUUCCAAGGAUUUCAAGCCUCCCAAGAUGAUAUUGAAUAUCGAAAGGCCCACCGCCGGCGCUCGUCCAAGAGCAAGAAGCUAUUGAAGGAUGGGGAGACGCACGCCGCUUUACCUUCCGCGCCCACCGACUUGAGAAAGGAACGAGAUCUACUCAGCCGCAGGAUGGACCUGAUGGGUGUUCGCAAGAAUAUGUGCAGCUCGGAGAUACAUGAGAUAGACAAUAAGAUCGCAAACUUGCACAACAUGCGCAAGAUUGUUCUAGACCGGUUAGCCAGCCUAGAGAUGGAGGAAGCCGAACUGGAGCAUGAAUUGACGGAGGUUGAUAAUAAGUUGGAAGAUAUUGAACAAGACGAAGCAGCUCAAGCGCAGGCUCAGGCCCCGGCAACCCCAAAGUCAUCAGCAGCAAACGAUGACUCGACCAUUUCGGAAGACCCGGCAAUGGAUGCAUCCUUCAUGUCUGAGUCUAUAUACCAAAAGAUUCCUUCCCCUAAGAGCGUCAAGCAGAAAUCAAUAAGGAAACGCUCGAUGCCGAUUUUACAUGAACAUUUCAGCCCGGGUUCGGAGAUCAAACAAAUGACGGCUCAUUCCGACAUGGUCACUGCGAUUGAUUUCGACUAUCCAUUUGGUACUAUGAUCACCGCGGCGCUGGAUGACACCGUGCGGGUUUGGGAUCUCAAUGUUGGCCGUUGCAUUGGAUUCCUGGAAGGGCAUAAUGCUUCGGUGCGCUGUCUUCAGAUUGAGGACAACAUUGUUGCCACGGGCUCGAUGGAUGCAUCUGUCAAAUUAUGGGAUUUGAGUCGCGCCCGAACGAUGACCACUCGCGACAAUCGCAUCACCCGCCGCGAUGAUGGAGACGAAGAAACCGUUCCAGCCGACGACGCUUCCGUGGCAUCCCAUUCCACCACGCUGGAGGACUGCUUCGUCUACUCAUUAGACGCUCAUGUCGACGAAAUUACCGCGCUUCACUUCAAGGGCGACACGCUGAUUUCCGGGUCAGCCGACAAGACACUGCGACAGUGGGAUCUGGUCAAAGGGCGUUGUGUGCAAACGCUCGAUGUAUUGUGGGCGGCCGCGCAGGCGUCGUCGCUGGGAGGAGAUUCGCAAUGGCGCCCCUCAGGACGCCUGCCGGACGCAUCGGCAGACUUUGUCGGGGCUGUCCAGUGCUUCGAUGCCGCUUUAGCCUGCGGUACGGCAGACGGUAUGGUCCGUCUUUGGGAUCUGCGCAGUGGACAGGUUCAUCGUAGCCUGGUGGGCCACACUGGCCCUGUUACAUGCCUACAAUUCGACGAUGUGCAUCUGGUCACUGGAAGUCAAGACCGCAGUAUCAGGAUAUGGGAUCUCCGAAUGGGAUCGAUCUAUGAUGCCUACGCCUAUGACAAGCCCAUUACCAGCAUGAUGUUCGAUACCAAGCGGAUUGUUGCGGCUGCAGGAGAGAACGUUGUGAAGGUCUACGACAAAGCCGAUGGCCACCACUGGGAUUGCGGCGCCGGAGUCGGCGCCGAUGAACAGGGCCCAUCGCCUGCAACAGUCGAGCGAGUGCGACUGAAGGAUGGCUUCCUAGUUGAAGGCCGCAAAGACGGUAUCGUUGCGGCAUGGACAUGCUGAGAUGACUAUACAUUUCUAUGUCAUGCAAAACCCUGCCACGCACAUGCUAGCACUUGGAUGGUUUUGUGUUUUGUGACUGCUUUGAAUGCCUCAGCGACUGUAUAUUAUCUUUACGUUUGGCCCAACAUAGAAAGGAACCAUGGCGUCUUACGGUAGGAUCAUCCGUUGUAAACUAGUUUCUGACUGAUACAUGAUGCCCUGCUCGUGGUCACUCCACUACCCAAUGCUUAAAAUUCCUCUUUGUUCA